AUGGCACCCCGUACAAUGGAAGAACUCGCUGCCCUGGCAGUUAUGGAUCCCGCCAUGGCCGCUAUCCUGGAAAAGGGUUCAGCCGUGCGGCCUCCAAAGCCAACCGACCCUUACUAUGGCCGGAACGACCACACGGCAGCCAGGGAGCACAGGGCCACUAUCUUGAAAGAAAAAUGGGAACUCCGAUACCUUCCUGGGCCUAUCGAUGAAGUUGCUGAAGAAGACCAGAAGAUACCCGUCCGUGAUGGCUCUGAAAUCGCAAUCAAAGUAUACAGGCCUGUAACGAAGAAAGAGAGUGGAAGCCCGUUGGUGGUCAUGUUCCAUGAAGGCGGCUGGGGUAUGGGAGACCUGACGGACGAAGAAGUUAACUGUCGACUAUUCUCUCGGGACCUGGGUGCUAUUUGCGUCAACGUUGAAUACAGGCUUGCGCCUGAGUAUCCAUUCCCAACCUGGAUCAAUGACUCUUGGGACGCGCUUCAAUGGUGUGCUAAGAACGCUUCGGCACUCGGUGCCGACCCUUCAAAGGGGUUUAUAGUUGGAGGUGGAUCAGCAGGUGGGAAUAUAGCCGCAGUUCUUGCGCACAUCGCACGAGAUGAACAGCUGUCACCACCUUUAACGGGUCAAUAUCUAUGUGUCCCUGCGAUUAUGUGCUUCCUGCCGCCUUCUCAUAUUCCCGUUCAGUAUCAAGCGGAAUACCUCUCCCAUCCCCUCGUGACACCAUGUAAGGAUCCCAUUCUCAAUGUGUCGCUAGGACCAUUCACCCCACUUGCUUCCCUUCCAAAAUUCAUACUCAGCCUUCUACCUUUGAACCUUGUAGCGAAGGUUUACAGUAUGGCAGGAAUGAGUGGUGAUAUGUCGAAUCCGUUGUUUGUGCCUUUCCUCUACGGUAAAGGGGAACGAGGCCACAGGGAUCUCCCGCCAGUUUACUUCCAAGUAUGCGGGCUAGAUCCUCUGCGAGACGAGGCUCUGAUAUAUGAACGGGCGCUAAGGGAGGAGGCUGGAGUGAAGACGAAAAUUGACUUGUAUAGGGGCCUCGGACACUACUUCUGGACAAACUUUCCUGAGCUUGAGAUGAGCAGAACAUUCGUGGAGGAUACUAUCAAAGGCAUGAAAUGGCUACUGGAAGAAAAUUAG